AUGUAUGUUUCAGAGGGACAGUUAUACGCCGCGACGGUAGCUGACUUCUCUGGUGGCGAGCCGCUAAUUCACAGAGACAAAAUUCGCACCGAACGCUCGGAUCUCAAUCAGUUGAACGGUCCGAACUUUGUUAGCACAUUCGCAUAUCAAGAUUACGUAUUCUUUUUUUACCGUGAAACAGCCGUAGAAUACAUGAAUUGCGGAAAGUCAGUCUAUUCGCGAGUUGGUAGAGUCUGUCAGCACGAUAAGGGCGGGCCACACGCAUUUAGCGACAGAUGGACGAGUUUCCUGAAAGCGAGGCUCAACUGUUCGGUACCAGGAGAGUACCCCUUCUAUUUCAACGAAAUACAGUCAACGAGCGAUGUUACGGAUGGUCGAUACGCAGGGAAGUCCGCGCGCCUGGUGUAUGGAGUUUUCACGACCCCGGUGAACUCUAUUGGUGGCUCAGCUAUUUGUGCAUUCUCUAUGGACAACAUUCUCGAGGUCUUCCAGGGUGCUUUCAAAGAACAAGAGACUAUAAACAGCAACUGGCUGCGAGUACUUCCGGAAAAGGUACCUGAGCCCAGACCCGGUGCCUGUGUUAAUGACUCCAGAACACUUCCGGACAUCACUGUUAAUUUCGUCAAAGCACACCCCCUCAUGGACGACGCAGUGCAAUCUUAUUUUUCGUUACCUGUGAUAACUAAAACCAGUUUCAAUUAUAGAUUUACUAAAGUUGCGGUAGAUCCUCAAGUAAAGGCUUUGGAUGGUAAAGCUUACGAUAUACUCUAUAUCGGAACAGAUGAUGGCCGCGUUUUAAAAGCACUUAAUACACGUGCACCAGAAUCAUAUGACAAUGUUGGUCAAGUUAUUAUCAGCGAUGUUCAAGUGUUAAAAUUUGGCCAAGCGGUCAAAGAUCUUCUGGUAGUUCAUCUAGCGGGCGAAGCAAGUAAACUGGUAGUGUUUGCGGACUCUGAGAUCCGCGCAGUUCCCUUACAUCAUUGUGACUCACCUGCUGCGGCUACUUGCAAAUCUUGCGUCGCCCUACAAGAUCCUCAUUGCGCCUGGGAUGCGACCGCGAACCUUUGCGUGGCGGUAUCGACGAAACUCCACGACAACGACGCCGACAAGACUCUGUUUCAAGAUAUCUCGACCGGUAGACACAGAAGCUGCGGGAACGAACCAGAGGUAACGAAGUCCGUCCAACCAGCAGUGGCGCGCGAAAUUGGGCGCGAAGAGUCCGAUGGGGAGAAUGAAAUCAUCAUCGAACUGGAUCGGGAAAAUCAGUACGGUCGUACACAGCCAAGGGCUAAUGAGCCUCAAGGCGUGACCGUAACACCGGUAGUAUACUCGGCCCAAACAUUAACGGGUGCGCUAAUAGGGACCUGUUUCUGUUCUUUGGUGGCCGGUUUCGCCUUCGGUUUCUGGUUCUCUCAGAGGUUGCGCGGAUCGUCGUAUCCAGAACCCUCCGAGCAACGGCAACAACUCAAUAGACUAACAGAGAGUUCGGAGUCGCCCGGAUUCAACAACAAGUCCAUCAAUCUCGUACUGAAUGUACCGCCCAAGAACCCGAAUGGCAAGAAUGCGAAUUCGUCUGCGGAAAACAAGCCAGUACAAAAAGACCCCACGGGUUCUGGCGCAUCUUUCACCUCCUCUUCCUCCGACCUCGCGGAAUCGGAUGAGCGCAACGACGAGGACGGCGACGACGAUGAGGAUGACGACGGAACGACGCCCACAAGCCUCACCACUGGUAUCGCCACGGACCAUACUAACAACACGCAUAAGCCGGACGAGGAUCAUUAUGAGGAUCAUUACGAGAGUAUCGGGAACGAUGAGGUCUGCACACUCGAAUACUUCGAUGGUUACAAUACGCAGCAACGAUCCGCAGCGGCCCAGAGAUGUACUCAGUACCAUCAAUCCGAGUCUAAGUGCGUCGAGACGACAUUGAUGAACGCACCGACGUGCGAAGAAUCCGGCGGCAGUGACAGUGCAAACAGUCUUGACGAUCUCUGUGGGCGACAUUCUACCAUCGAAAAUGAUCUAUUCGAUCGGCACGGAGUGACGAGCAACGCGCGGGAUCAUUAUAUGGUGCCCACCCGAAGUCCCCGUGAACUUAAUGAGAAAAUCCUAUCGCUCUUUAAUCCACAAUUCCUGCCAAACUUUAACAACAUGAUCACGUACAUGGCCGCGCAUAGUCCGCCACCGCGAUCUCAAUCCAUGGCCCAAUACAGCAGAGAGGACAACAAUUUCCUGCUUAGGGAGAGAAACUAUCGUAAACGCGACGACACGAACUCGGUGUGUUUUCGACGAGGACUUACUCACGAAGCGCCGCGAGAAUGACAGUACUUUUACAUCAGCGGACGAAGCGAUUCGCUCUGUUUAUGAUUUGAUUACUAGUAACAUCUAGCAGCGUGACUUGUGCACCUGGGAUAUUAACAGUGUUAAAAGUGAGAAACUGUAUGUAUCUUCUACAACAUUACGAAGAAGAGAGCCAGGAAUUAUUAUGGAUAUGGUACUACGUGCAGCGAAACCCCUCUUCCCCUUUUCCCUAAUAGCUUCAUAAUGAACACGUGGCUGAAAGUUACGUCGGAAAAUACUAUCGUGAUCACAUAGCGACACGUAAGUGUCGACGGCGAAUAGUCUCGUGAUAAGCCCAGGAUCUACUUUUUUAUAGUAUUUUCAAGCUUUGCCAAGUAUCGUCCGUCGCGCGAUUCCACGCUCGCAGUCACCGUGGAAUCAUUCUGUAUAGGAUUCAAUUUGAAGUCUUUUUCUUUUUUUUGUCUCGAUAUUAUUAUAAUAAAAGGGAGUCAAAUGUAAAGGAAAGCAUAUGCCGACAACAACGACGACAAGAUUGAAUCGUAGUAAUGUAAUGUGAUACCAUAUGAGGACUGUGUUCGUAGCAGUGGCCUGUUAGGUGCUUAGACUGAUGCAAGAUAAAACGAAAAACACUCUGUAGAGACAUUUAAGCAUUCGCGCGAAAGACGAGGCGUGCCUUCCGUGUAUUAAUUGUUGGCAGAUCUUGAUCUAUAACAGGAACGGAGUGUUAAUAUGGCCGGUAUAAAUUCGGGCAAGUGCCUCAUUUAUGCGUUUUGUUUAAGAUAUCCAAUAUAACGGAACGAAGUAUAGAAAGAAAAAGAGAAAGAAAGAGAAAGAGAGAGAGAGAGAGAUCUAAGUAAGACUAAUUUGAAUAUCGUUGUGCACUUAUUGCCGUGCUGUGAGUACUGGUAAUGGCGGGGAAUACGAACGAGAGCAUGUUUAUCGAUAACUUAGCUCUUGUGAGCAUAUAUAACGGCAACAGUAUAUAGUGUUUCUUCGAGGAAUAUACAUGUUAAAAAUUCUAUGAUAGUUCAAAAAUUACGUAAAGUUACAUAAAGUUG